UUGCUUGAGUUUUGCUAAUAAGGUUAAAGUCAACAAGGAAGCAGGGUGACUGACACAUGUUUCCAAUGAUUGUGAGCACACGGCCCGUCGUUAGUUUUUCAUUUCGUCCUCUCACGCGGCAGAGGCAACAUGAGGCUGUGGGCCGUCCUGCCGCUGGCUCUGCUGGCUCGAACCUUCGCUGCAGACGAGUCCUGUAUGGGACGCUGUGAGAAUGGCUUUGACUCGCGGAUGAAGUGCCAGUGUGACUCCAUGUGCAAGUACUACAGGAGCUGCUGCUAUGACUUCGAGGUCACCUGUGGUAUGACGACUCGCGGAGACACCUUUGUGUUUGCAGAGGACGAUGACAGUGAGCCCUUCGAAGGUACCACUCCAUCGGCUGCGAGCCCCGAACUCGACCGAUCAUCCACUGUUAUCGAUCCUCGGCCCCGGCCAAUGGAGGAGCCGAUCUCGGACUUUGGUCUGCCACCACGGCGACCUCCAGGAACGACACUGGAAAUGACCAUGCCCCCUCGACUGAUGGAAACCCCGCUUCGGAAAACCCCUGUGACCGAGAAAACGCCCAUUUGGGAGUCGUUCACACCUACGGAGAUGGUCCUUGGUACGACUAAACCAUCUGCGGCCGUCACAACAGCUGCCCCCACGGAAGCCCCAGACCCAGACGCUGUGGUCUGCAGUAGGAGGCCUUUUGACUCCUUCAUGCAACAAAAGAACGGCUCCAUAUUUGCCUUCAGGGGGGAAUACUUUUUUGAACUGGACCGUCAGUCAGUGCUUCCCGGUUACCCAAAGUUGAUAAAGGACGUGUGGGGCAUCCGCGGGCCAAUCGACGCGGCCUUCACCCGCCUCAACUGUCAAGGGAAGACAUAUAUCUUCAAGGGAGACAAGUACUGGAGGUUUGAUAACGGCGUGCUGGAUGACGACUAUCCUCGAGACAUCAGCGUGGGCUUUGACAGAAUUCCUGAUCACGUGGAUGCAGCGUUCGCUCUUCCUGCUCCUGGUUACAAUGGGAAAGAGAAGGUUUAUUUUUUCAAAGGGGGUCAGUAUCAAGUGUACGAGUUUUUGCACCAGCCGUCCCACGAGGAGUGUAUCAGCAUGACGGAGAGGUCUCCGUCCGCGCUGUUCAGGCACUACACCGACCUUUACUACAACAACUAUGAGCGUGUUAUCAGCGAGCUCUUCUCUGGCCCGCCUCAGCAUCACGACAAGCAUCACUUCAUUGACAAGGACUGGAAGGGCCUGAAGGCUCCAGUGGACGCCGUCAUGGCCGGCAGAAUGUACGUCCCUCCCGGGAGGCUCGACUUCGACCGGGCGGACCGACAGGGAGCGGAAGGGCGAGGCCAGCAGUGGAACCAGCAGUACCAGCAGUAUGGACAGCAGUGGGACCAGCAGCAUGGACGGCUGUGGGGUCGAAGGAGGCAAAGGCGCUCGCCCGUCUGGGGGUCCAUGGCUGAGCGGGGGAUGGACAUGGGACAGGGCUUUGCAGAAAUGGGUCUGAGGUUGGCAGAGAGGAGGAUGGAGACAGCGGAGAGGUUCGGACGAGACCGGGACAGGCUGCGGGACCGGGACUGGGACCAGGACAGGCGGAGCGACGGUUACCGUCAGAACAACAGAGGCAACUAUGACUCCAGAGACGACCGGUCGUACUGGGGGUCCAUCCGGGGGGUUCUGCCCAUACAGAGCGUCUACUUCUUUAGAGGAGAAACGUACUACCGAGUGGACCUCAGGACAAAGAGAGUGGACCACGCCAGUCCUCCUUAUCCCAGAUCCAUCGCCAAGUACUGGCUCGGAUGUUCCGACACCACAGCAGGGGCAGAAAAGUAGUUUGAAAUAAUAUUGUAUAUGAUUAUUUGCACUAAGUUGGACAACAACAGAAACAGUGCUUGCUGUUGAAAAUCGGACACACUUGCUCAGUGAAACACAUAAACGACGGCUCAUAGCGAAUAGCAAACAUUCAAAGUCCACACACAGCUGCUCUCCACACAGUAGUUUGCCUCAACGUGACCAAAGUCCAAUGGGUUGAUGAAGCUCCUCUCGUCUCGACAUCAGCUGACCUCUCCUGCUAAAUUAAACACAACUAGCAUGACAAUAAGCUCAACUGAGAAGGCCUGGCAGUCAUUGGAAGUUCAACACUACAUUUUGAUGUAUGCAUUUUUGAUAAAUUAUUAUUAUCAAUCAUAAGCGUAUAAUCAGGGAAAAACUAAAUCCAACAUUUGGCACAUUGUCGUACAGGUUUUGAGAAAUGAAUAUGAAAACAAAUCCCAAUUCUCCUAUUUUGCAAUAGCAACUCAUCGCCAGCGUCACGUGACUGUCACACACAGUGCAGGUCAGAGAGCAGUGAUAGGUGGGACUUUGACUGUAGGUGAAUACAAACAUUCUUACAAUCUUUAAUUCUGAGUAGCAGUCUGCAAAAUAUGACACUGCAAAAAAAAAACAUGUUUUAACGAUGUACUGUUUGAGUCCCUCAUAGUUUGUGUUAGUUGUAUUUGCAUUCAUGAUAAAUAAAUGUCUUCCUCCUA